AUGGCCGACUUGGACUAUGAGGAUGAUGCCCCCUUCACUACCACAGCUAAGGCUAAGACUAAGAGGGACAGUGGCGACAGUGGCAAAAGUGCCAAACAGGACGCAGUUUUAGAGGAAGAUCUUCACACUCAUUGGCGAAAGGCUUCAACCAGGCUCACAAAAGUGUUCAAGUUGGGAAACGUCCUCACUGACUCGGAGAAGAAGACUUUGCCCUUAGAGUCUGCUACACUGACUUCAACGACGUGGGUGUCCCUCACCAGCAGUGGGCUGUUAUGUAUGGCAUGCAAAAGAGCAGGUAUGACAACGCCCUGGGCAAAUGGUGAAGCAGGAAAGGAAUCGAAAGACUUGGCUUCGGUGUUCAAGUCUGGGUACUUGAAGCGGCACGAGGCGUCUUCUGCUCACAGGGCUGCAGUGCGCAAGAUGUUGCUCAUUGAUGAUGCACCGGGAGCCCCUCCAGCAGAUGAUUUCAGAUCUUUGCUGCAGAGCUUACAGGCUGGCAAGCCACAGAAAAGCAGUCAUGGUGCGAGCUACUCAGACAAAUACUCUUUGAUGACCUGGGCGUUGCAUGAGACGCUGUUAGAUAUGGAAAGAGAUGACAUGGCAAAAUCGUGUACGAUUUCCUUGGCCAGGGACGCUCGCAAAGCUCGCUUGCUGAUCAAGUACGGAAUUUGCACGGAGACUUUUUCUUCGCGAGCUGGAGUUCUUGGCAUGAGCCUCGGAG